AUGGUUGGGUCUAAGUCGAAUGUUGAAAAGAAUGGCUGUCAAUGUAUCACAAUAGGAAAAUUAAGCUACCGCUUUGUGAUUUAUUGGACCGAGCUUCCAACCUUUCGCCUAUUUCCGAUACAGGCUCAGCGGCUUUGCCUUCAGAGGGGUGAUAUCACUCGAGCUGUUGCCAUGGAGGGGUGGCGUCCGUUCCACAGCAGCUACUUAUCCGAAGACAGCAUUCAACCGAAGGCUCAUGUUGUCGAGGGCAACGCGUCUCGCGUGCUGAGCAAGUGUGUUGCCUGGUGGAAUUCUGAAAACCCAGCUCUAAACCCCUAUGAGCGCGCAAUGUUUGCUGCUCAGUCUGGCAACCUUAACGCGUUGCUGCGAGCUAUGACGUCUGGAAGUUGGGAGGACUUAUUAUGGGCGCAUUGUCGUGCUCUUGUCGAAUCCCGAGUCGAUGCUACUCUUCGGACAAAAAUUGACUGUGGACCCAGGGCCGAUACAUUGUCUGUGUUGGGACGUCCACAAAAAGGUCUAGACAUCGAGGAUAUUGGUCUGCAGCUGCCUACCUCAGCCUGGUUACCAGGCUCGUGGACCCUCUCAGAGGCCUUUGCGAAGGCUGAAACUGUCCUUGGAUGGUGUCCCAUAAAUUACCUCCUUCGCGUAGCUGAGGAAGAUACCAGUUUUGUUCCUCCGACUAUUCGUUCCUCAGAGAUUUCUGCCUUCCUUAAUCGCAACGAUCGCAACGAUACCAAGAUCUUGAGUGGUUCUGAACCCUCAUCCAGCCGUCAUUUGCUUUUACAAGCUAUGUUUUAUGCUAUAUGCAGGGGAGUCGCUCUCCGAGAAUAUUCAGAAUUGUUGACAGCCAUGGCCUCGGUUGCAUCCCUUUUUAUUCCGCAGCCGAUUCGCGAGAUUUUAGCCUCAGGCGUCACCAAUGCAAAUUGGCCAGACCAGCUUACGUUGGACGAGCUGGAUUGCCAUGUUCUCCGCUUCUUGGCUCACUUUGUGCUCUGUCUUCGACUUCUGGAAACGGGCCUUCCAAACGAACCAUGCAAUGCUGUUUUUGAGGCCUAUAUAAUUACGCUGAUUGUGGAACGGCGAUAUUCGCUGGUUGCAUCCUAUGUUGCUCAGCUCACUUCCCCGAUGCGGCAAACACAUUGGUAUGCCUCGUUUCUCUCCAGUAAGCUACCCUUUCAUUUACUCUAUCCGAAUUAUAAGGACUCUGUGUCGGUAUCAGGUCUCAAAAAGCCAGAGGAUUGUCGUCAGUGUCUUGAGUACGCGGAAGUCGCCGGUCUCGACGUGCGGAGCAUCACACGUGCUGUAAUACGGAUUGUGCGUCGUCGAUUCGAUGAACAAGAGGGUUUAAGGGAGGGUGCAUUGAGUACCUCAGCGCCACUGCCGACUUCAAAUGACAUCACUGAUAUCGUAGGUGGUGAUGUGGUAGCUUACCUUACGCAAGUGGACAAGGCUCGCAUCGCUGCCCUCGACUGGUUGGUACACGAUCGGGCGCAGCGCGGCGAACUGCUGGUACUCGCCAACAGCCUCAUCCGUCUAUUUAUUGCCAUGCGCAAGUUUCGUGCCGCUAGAGCUCUCCUUGAUCGUUUGCCACUGGCCUUGUUGGACCAACUGAAAUUGAAGCUUCUCCAGGCGGAGGCGGAGUUUGAUGUAGAUGUUGCUCGAGUUGCUGUUCCUCCUUGGCUUGCCAAUAGCGUCCGCGAACACGAAGCUCUCAUCCUCUAUCUCCAAACUCGGGUACGCUAA